GCUUCACCGAGAAAAUAAGAGAGAGCCUGGGUGAGCAGCUGGUCAAAGGAGAGCUCAACUUCAACUGGUCCACACCUCUGUCUUUCUGAUAGUUUCAGCGAAAUCAUCCACAGGGCCUGACUGCUUUAGAAAACCAAGAGCAAUCAACAAAUCUGAGAUUGUGUGAAGAUCUUGAAGUUUCAUAUUUGAAAAUGGCAAAAAUAAAUUUGAGCGUAGUGGCUGUGGGGCUUACAUUGCUCUUGCUCGCAGAAACGUGGGCCCAGAAUCCCAGGAAGAGACUGGCACCUCCAAAGCCACCCAAGGCUCAGUGCUGCGAUGAGUUGCGCUCUCUCAAAGUUCAGGUAGCCAAUCUGACCAGCCUCCUCGAGGAGCUGAGUCGCAAGCAGGAGACAGACUUGAUGAAUGUUGUGAGGCAAAUAAUGGAGCUGGACCAGCAGAACCGGCAGCAAGAAGCCCGGGUCACGGAGGCAGAGAGCAAGUACUCAGAGAUCAACAACCGUGUGGAGAUCAUGCAGCUACAAACCCUCCAGUCUGCCCCUCAGACUUCAUCAGAUGCCACAUAUGACUGUGCAGCACUCUACAGCAAGAGCUACAAGAUCUCUGGCGAGUACAAACUGCCUAAAGAUGACUUUCUGGGUACACCUGAGCUCAGCGUGUUCUGUGAUAUGGAGACAAAUGGAGGUGGCUGGACUCUGAUUCAAAGGCGCAAAGUUGGCCUAACAUCCUUUAACCGUGACUGGAAGCAAUACAAAAGUGGAUUUGGAUCCAUCCGUGGAGAUUUCUGGCUAGGCAAUGACAACAUCUUCCGCCUAACAAGGCAGCCCAGUACGCUCAGGAUUGAGCUGGAGGACUGGGAGGGAAGGACACGCUAUGCUGAGUAUGGCUUUUUCACUGUGGGUAAUGAGCUCAACAGCUACAAGCUCUUCCUUGCCAACUAUAGUGGAAACGCAGGAGACUCCUUGCGCUACCACAACAACACCAACUUCAGCACCAACAACAAGGACAAUGACAAAUGUGUGGAUGACUGUGCUUCCCUGCGCAAAGGUGGCUACUGGUACAACUGCUGCACCGACUCAAAUCUGAAUGGUGUAUUUUACCGCUACGGUGAGCACACAAAGAACUCAGAUGGGAUCACUUGGUAUGGCUGGCACGGGUCCAAUUACUCCCUCAAGAAAGUGGAGAUGAAGGUCCGGCCAAUGGGUUUUCAACCAUAAGUGGUUGAAAACAGCUGUCUGUCCUGGAUCAAGAUCACAUGCAUGAAUACUGAGAGAUCUCACUAAUACCUGUUUGACAAAAUUGUGGCUUUCCCUUGACUGAGCGAGGACUGAAAUUGCUGUUUGUGAUGGUCUGGUCACUUUUCAGUCAGAUGAAUGUGUAAUGUUUUUGCCGUGUUUUGAUUGUAAAUUGUAGUUCUUUUUGUGUAUUUAUCAGUAAAAUAUUUUAUUUUUUAAAAGCUUUGAUAGAUGCUCUUUUACCACUGUCCCCUAGAGGUUACUGGAUUGAGAUUCUUUCUCUCAUUUGUCUUGAAGGCAGUAGGAUUUAUAUUCAGUUAAUACAAGCAACAAUAAGUAUUAAGGAUAGGUGGAUCUUUAAGAGUUGCUGGGUUAGGACCAACCACCAAAGGUAUGUCCUUGUUGCUGCAUAGUUUUUUUUUUUGGUAAAACUUUAACUAUUCAUGAUGGAAAUGUGUAAUUUGUAAAAUGUGUACAGCUCUGUAAUUAUGUUGUUUUAUGUGACAGAAAAUUAAAUAAAAAUAUUUUUUAAAAGAAA